CCGUAACGCCACCUGUAAAAGAAUAAUACUCUAUAUAAAUUUAUAAAACGUAAAUUAAAAUGACUGUAUUGGAUACAAUUAUAAAAAUUUAAUUUUAUUAAAAUUAGUGGAUGUCGAAAGCAUCGAUGUUGUAUGGUCACUCGACGUAUUUUUGUUUACAAAUGAAAAGGAAUAGAUCCGCAUAAAUUUCGAUAGGGAAAUCGUUUUUGAUUUAAACAUUACAAAUGUUUGAGUCGUGUUAUGACGGAUGGUAAGAAUUUUCAAGUUAUCGAGAGUUUUAAUAAACGAGAUUAUUAUGAGUUCGUUUAAGAAACCGAGAAGGAUGAACAAACAUUUGCCAGACGAAGAAAGACUUAUUUGGGUCGAUUUGGAGAUGACUGGUCUAGAUGUUGAAACUUGUUAUAUUUUGGAAAUUGCCUGUCUUAUUACGGAUGACAAAUUAAAUAUUAUUGCGGAGGGCCCAAAUUUAAUUAUUCAUCAGCCAGAUGAUGUUUUAGAAAGUAUGAAUAAAUGGUGUAAGGAUCAUCAUGGUAGAUCAGGACUGACUGAGCAAAGUAGAAAAAGCGAAGUUACUCUUCAGGCCGCAGAGAUGGCAGUUUUGUCUUUUGUUCGUCAACAUACACCACCAGGCAAAUGUCCAUUGGCUGGGAAUUCCAUUCAUGCAGAUAAAAAAUUUCUCGAAAAAUUCAUGCCUGAAUUUAUGAAGCAUUUACACUAUCGGAUCGUUGAUGUUAGUACAAUCAAAGAAUUGUGCAGACGAUGGUAUCCUGAAGAGUAUAAGGAAGGUUUAAGAAAAAAGGCUACACAUCGGGCUCUGGAAGAUAUUAUUGAAAGUAUUAGUGAACUGAAAUAUUAUAAGAAAUCCAUCUUUAAGUAAAGAGUUAAAUUCAUCUGUCAAAUUUACCAUAUAUCAUAAAUUUGUAUAUUAAAUAAGCCCAGAAUUAGCAUCAGUGAGCUCAUACCUGUCAACCAAGAUCACCAAUCUGGCAAACAUUCAAUUUAAAAUUUUCAUUUAUCUUAUUAUCGUAGUCAUGCUAUAUGAACUAUUCACCUCUGCAAGACAAAGCUAAAUUUCACAUAAUUUAAAAAACUGUUGCUUUUAAUCAUGCAAGAAAACAUGAGUUAUAAUUUUCUUAGACAAACCAAUAUUAUGUACUUGUAUACUGAUCAUUAUCAAAAAUAAUUAGAAAUUUACAUAUAGUAAUCCUCCAGUCAUUUGGCUCUCAUUCUUUUAAACCAGUUUUCAACUAUAAAUGGCACCAUUUGCACUUAGUAUGGUAUACAUUUCAAAUGUGAUUAUUAUUUUACAACAUAGAAUAAAUAUUAUUGCAAACUUUAAUUAUUGUUUCAUUAUUUCCUUUGCAAUCAGGAUUUUCAGUUACAAACAAAAAAUAUUUUUUGAAGUACACUUCAAUAUAAAUUUUAAAUAAUAGUUUUAUAAGUUUUAAAAAAUUUUUUAAUUUAAAUCCAAGGUCUGCAUUGUACUUUUAUUUUAUUUAUUGUUCUCAUGAAUUAUGAUAGCAACACAAAAUGAUUUAAAUAUAAAAUUUUAGUACAUAUUAUUUUUAAUAGGACUUCAUGACAUUGCCUUUCUCAGAAGCCAAUACAACAAAACAUAACACAAGAAAAAAACAGAAAAUAAAACAUUAAAAAA